AUGCUACCAAAAUCUUUACAAAGCAGUUAUAUUCGCUACAAGAACGACACAAACAGUUUUGCAACCUGGCUAUUUGAGGCCGCCAGCAAAUGCGGCCACCAACCCAGUAACCUUGCCGCCAUCGCCCUUUCGUUGAAUGAGACCGAGAACAAGAAAAAUAACAAAAGAAAGCACAAGAAGAACAGACCGAGUGAAGCCCAUGGGUCCAUUCAGUAUAUCACCACCGUCAGGGAUCUUCAAGUACUCGCUGAAGCUGUCGCCGAGUCGACCCUCCCUGUGCCGAAGCAGGUUAUUUCCAUUGUCAAACGAGCCAUCAAAUUAAGAAAACAGGUCACAAGCUGGUUCUUGGAGCAGGGUGAGUCGGAGAAUAACAAGCGUCACGUCAAAUUCAUCUCUGCGCUGGAAGCGACCUGCGAGACCUUGGAGCGGAAGACAGCAAAGCCUUCCAACCGAGAUGCUCAGCAAUCACAUUCGCCCCCGGAGGUCGAAGCCUGCGAUGCCGACCUUGAGACUUUCAUGAACAAAUUCUCUGUACUCACUGUUGAGGAACCACAAGAUUCCCAGGGGCAGGGACAGUUUGUUUCUUCCGCAACACUGAAGCUCGUCAAGGUGGAGCUCGACGAAAGCGAUGAAGGUGAGGCAGCCGAAGCACACUUGGACCACAUCCUCUUCAAAGCAUUUUGCUUAUUUCAUGAUCUUCACGACAUGCGGACAUUUAUAUCUGAUACUUGGCUGGAAUACUGCGAGAAGAAGAUCGAUCUCAUGAAUGCUGCCGUUGUAACCAACAGUACUCUACAGCUUGCACAAGAUAUGUUGAAGGAGCUGGUACACGAAUGGGACACCUGUGAGACCACGAAUGAUAAGCUGCAAUGGCUUGUCUUUAAGACUGUUGCUAUUGCACAGGGAAGCUCCACGGAUCCGGCCUUUGAAAUCGGUCCAUUAUACAACGAGAAGAUGGCCGAUGUAGCCAACUGGUGCUAUCUACCGACCUUGGCUCUCCUAGAUUCACUUGCGGAAAUUCUUCCACUGAACCACUUGCCGGUCUUCACGAAAGGUUGUCUCAGCACUAACCCCAAAGCAACCGAGGAUAAAAGGUAUGUGGACCAGAAGCGCAGUGAAGACCAGAUCAUCCUUUGCCAACUACUGCCUGAAUUCUGCCUACUAAGUAGGUCCAACAUUCGGAUUCUCGCAAUGGAUGCGAUAUCCGAAGGAUUGACAGAGUUUUGCAAGACCAAAAAGGUUACGCCAUGGCUUUGCUUUGCUACUCAGAUCCUACUUGACGUCCAUCAUACUAUGCGCCAAGCCACACCAGGAGCCUUUGAGGAUCUUCGAAUUUCCGGAUUGCGCAUGUCAAAGUAUAUCAAUGAAUACUGGAAGCUCUCAAACUCACACCCCCAGCCCAAGUUCUGGCCAAAGGAAAUGGAUGAAAAGAUCAGGAGAUUACAACUGAGCAUCGACUACUGGAUUACUCCAGACCCAAUUUAUCUUCUCAAAUGCAGUAGGGAAAUGCUCCCUGGCGAAGGUAUGCCCAAGGAGCGAGUGCUCUUUUCCCAGCAUGCAAUUCUUUGCGGAUUGACUAUGUUCCACCUCAAUAUUCGGAUGCAAGCUCUUGGUAAGUCACUUGUCUCAAGCUGGUACGAUGUUCAACCUAUGGCUUUCCUUUACAACCUUGUCAAACAAGGGCCGUUUCACAAGGACUUGAGCUGGCCCGACAUGGAGGCUUUCAUUAAGAUACACGGUGAAUCACAUAUUUUUAUUGGCUCCCGACCAAAAGAUAGAAAAGACUCUCUGAAGAGACUGCAAAUUGCCUCGGGGAUGUCAUCAGCUACGCAGUUUGCCCGCAAUCGCCGCAAAGAACAAGACUCCCGUCGACCCAAGGGAAAGAAUCCUAAACCUCUUGAACCGAUAACCCCCAUUUCUACUUUGUUCCGCGGUCUUUACAUUCCCUGGAUUGAUGGAGAUUCUGGGAUUAAAAACAUUUACAUGAUCUUGGAUAAGCUUUCCAAGGAGUCCGGUGCCAAAGGUGGCAACAAGGCGCUUCGGAAUUCCAAGGCCCAAAGGGACAGCAUUGACACCAUACAACUGCUGACCCUCAUAAAGAGCAAAUUGAUUGAAGAGGAGCCGAUGAUCCUUUUCAACUACUUUGGCAUGCACAGUCGCUCACUGGAAUUGCUGAGACAGAUCCAGGCGAAGGAACACGACACAUUUGUCUACCACUUUGCAUCGGACUAUAUGCCUAAUCAAUUGAUGCUCCCAUACAUAGUGCUACUGAUUCACAUUAUCGUAAGUAACCAAGACGAAUGUUCAAACGGCCUGAAGCUCUCAUCCCGAUUUCCUGAAUUGCUUUUUGGGAGCCGAAUUAUGAUGAGCUGUGGCAAUAUCAUGCGGGAAUAUCUGCAAAAGAAUGGCGAUGUGGCUUGCAAAGAACUCAAGGCUUUUUGCAAAAAUAAGACGCCAAUUGUGUAA